UUCUAUCAUUUGUAUUCCCUUUCUGUGUGUGUUUCACAUGAUCUGCUUGCAUGUUUCUACUUGAUCUGUGUCUUUGCAGCUUUUGGCACUCUCUAAGUAGACAUCAAAGCUUUAAAUUAGCCAUUUCCUGUCCCUCUUCUUUAAUUCUCCUCCUUUAGUCCUGUUGUAUGCAGAAGAAAGAACACACCAUGCAUAGAAGACAGAGUUCCAUGGUGGAUAAUACUAAAGUUCCUCAUAGAAGAAGAACCCCUUCUUUCUCUUCAAUCCUUCUUGAUGCCAUUUAUCGAUCCAUCGACGGAAACGAGCCGACAUUGUGCCAUCACGGGGAGAAAACGAGUGCAAACCCUGUUAAGAAACAGAGCACCGGUGCUCCCAUGGAAGGUGGUCGGAAGGCUUCGAGUCUUAAACGUGCUAUCGAUCAUCGAUCGGCAGUUCAUUUCAACUCGACUUCGAGCUCAUCGGAUUCAAGCAACGGUGGAGUCUUCUCGUCCUCGUCCGAAGCCGAGUCGGGUUAUAGAGAGAAAUCGAGAAGAUCGAAGCCGGUUAAGUACUAUAAAUGCAGGCGGCCCGACGACGACGAGGAGCGAGAAAAGGCCAAGGGAGAAAUUGGCGGAGGGCUCACAAAGACCAAGCUGAAAGCAUUGAAAAUCUAUGGUGAAUUGAAGAAAGUUAAGCAACCGAUUUCCCCCGGCGGUCGUAUCACCAGCUUCUUAAACUCCAUCUUCAAUGCCAAUGCCAAGAAAGUGAAGAUGUGCUCUAAUUGUGUUUCUGGCGAUGUCGAAUUUCAUCGAAAAUCGAAAUCGACAGCUUCAUCACCCUCUUCAUUCUCCAGGCCUUGUUUGAGCGAAACACCUUCUUCAAGUGGUAAUAAUAACAAGUACAGUAAUGGACUUAAGGGUAUUAAAAGGUCAGUUAAAUUUUGCCCAGUUAAUGUCAUUUUCGAUGAAGAUUGCAGACCUUGUGGCCAUAAAUGCAUUUAUGAAGAAGAUCCCAGAUUAAUGUCCUCAACUGUUCAAAAGAAUCUUAAAGUUUCUUCAAGAACUGAGGAGCUGAAGAAAAAAGAAUCGGCAGUUAGCAGUAAAGCAAUUGAUUAUGUGACGAGCUAUCAAAGAAGGGGCAUUAGGAAAAUGGAUUUGAGAGGGUUUAUCGAAGAGUAUGACGACGAAGAUGAAGAAGACGAUGCACUGAGUUAUUCGAGUUCGGAUCUUUUCGAGUUGGAUCAUCUCAUCAGAAUCGGAAGGUACAGAGAGGAACUACCGGUGUUUGAAACUACGAGGUUGAAAAGUAAUGAAGCCAUUGUUAAUGGCUUCGUGUUGUAA